GUUGUCAAGUCGUCGACAGCAAAACUUUUUUCGAUGUUUCCGAAAAGUUGUUUCCAAGUUCUAUUUAUUGUGAUUACCUAGAGAUAUUUUGUUAAUGACACAGCCUUUAUCUCUAAGCCCGUGUAGACUAUUCGUAUUUGUGAUAAAACUUGAUAUGUAACUGUUUUUCGUUUGUGUAGGUGGCUUUGGCUACCUGUAGAUACCAUUGUUGUUAUACCAAUGUGAAAGUGUAUAUUCGCAUAAAAUUUAGAUCCCAUUGUUUUAAUCUUUCCGGGUAACUGUUGGGAAAAAGUACGUGCGACUUGUGUGCGAUAAUAUCAAGUUAAAAUGCUAUAAGGUUUUACUUAUAGUGACUGGAUAGUGACAGAGAAAAAAGUACUUCAAACAUCACAAUCCUGAACAUUAUGGCUUCAGAAGAACAUGUUGGUCUACUGUCUUCAGACGAGGGCGGCGGCAGCUCGGACUCGCCGGACAGCAGCGAGGACGAGGUGACGGAGCACGUGCGCGCGCCGCCCGCAGACAUGUGCGCCGCCAGAGCACAGGUGCCCACCAUCAGCGUGACGCCGCACAGCCCGGGCGUGCUGGACGACAGCCUGCAGCAGCUGCGCCGCCUGCACCAAGCCGUGCAGCGCAUGCGCGCCGCGCCGCUGCCUCUACUGGGAAGCGGCUCCAGUCGGCUCAGUACAUCGUGCCCGUCACUCUGCAAGGACGGCCAACAGGAGGCAGAAUGUUCCUCGCCAACACACCUGGACUUGUAUCCUAGUCGGAAGGGAAGUGGAGUAUCAUUCGCGGGCGACUACCGAUGGGGCUGGGAGUCGCGCGACGAGGGCCGGCGCUCCUCCUGGGCCGCGCUGGAGCCCGGCGCGCGCCCGCCCACAGCCACGAGACAGAGGAACACUCUAAACGGGCACAGUGCGUCGCUAUCGUCGAUGGAGUCAGAAGGGGAAGUCCCACGACCCGUGCGCCACUCCACACACUCGCUCAACGACAAUGAUCUCGCUAAAGACUUCGAAAAAGUAACCGCCGCCCUCCGCGCCGGUUGCCUAGCAACAGAGCCGCCGGCCGUCGACACUCGGUUAACCGCUCGACUGCCGCUGCAGAAGAGUGUGUCGACCCCGAGUAUUGUGGCGGCGGUGCAGCCGGCGUUGCCUACGCAGACUAUCUUGUCCGCGGGCGCUGACAGCGACACUUCAGACGACGACACGUCGGCGGCGACAACUGGGGCUGUGGCACCGCCGGCCAGACGCAACAAUACCAGACAAGACCACCUGGGUAAACAUCGACUAGCCUUCCUUGAACAAGCUGCCUAUGACCACCAUGCAGAGAAACGACGGAAAAGGGGAAGCCUAUUCUUCAGGAAGAAGAAGGACAAAUCCCGCAAGGCGUCCCACGUAUGGCAGGCGGCCGGCGCGGGCGGCGACUGUGACUGGUGCAACCGGGCGCUGUCUGACAAGCCGUCGCUGUACUGCGAAAAUUGUACAAUGACGGUGCAUCAAAACAUAUGCAAGGACUACAUAGUGGAGUGCAAUAAACCUAAAACAUCUAAGACAUCAGUUGGCAAAUCGCUAAGCGCAAGCAGCGGCAAAAGCAGCAAACGAAGCUCGGUCUCCGGCCAAUCACAGACCAAUAGCACUAGUCACCUAUGCAAUGAUGACAAGGACGGAUCAGAUCACAAACACGAUCAGAGCAAUGCAUCAGACGAAGCCGGCAUGUCGUCAUGGGCUGAAGCGACCAUCACGGCAGAGCAACUGGGGGACGAGGCUUUAGCUCUCGGAUUAGCACUGGUAGAGGCGGAUACUUGGGCGGCCGCCGCGCCUAGCGGACUCGCCAGACAACUGGGCGACCGAGAGACGAAGCGACAGGAGCACAUCUACGAGCUGAUACUGACGGAGAAGCACCACUGCCUCACCAUACGACUCAUGCAGAAGAUGUUCGCCGAAGGCAUGAUGCGAGCCGGCGGCGUCACCGCCUCGCAAAUAGGGCGCAUGUUCCCGUGCCUCCACGAGCUGUGGGCGCUACACUCGACCUUAUUGACGCGGCUGCGCAACCGACAGAAGUGCUCGCCCCACAUCGCGUCUAUUGCCGAUAUAUUGGCGGAUACGUUCUCGCAUCCGAGUGCUGAGAAGUUUAAGCAGGCUUAUGGAGAAUUCUGCGCGCGCCACCGCGACGCAGUGGAAGUAUUCAAGGAGUGUUGCGCGAGAGAGCCACGACUCGCCCGGUUCAUUAGGAAGUGCCAGCAAAACCCGCUGCUUAGGAAGAAGGGCGUCCCAGAAUGCGUAUUAUUCGUGGCACAACGGCUAACAAAGUACCCGCUUCUGCUGGAACCGUUGUUGAAAACGGCGGGCGAAGAUGUGGGGGAGAGAGAGCUGCUGCAACGAGCCUUGUGUGGGGUUAAGGAGGUCCUAGUAGACGUGGACAACCAAGUGGCGGCGAAAGAGAGAGAAGACAGAAAACUGGAAAUCUACCAUCGCAUAGACGCUAAAUCAUUCGCGCACUUCAGAGGAAGGAAGUUCAAGAAGUCUGAUAUUUUGCAGGGGAAUAGGAGUCUAAAGUUCGAAGGCGUAGCCACAAUGAUGCAGGGUCGCAGCAAGAUGCAGACAUUACUAGUGAUAGUGCUCACCGACGUAUUGUUCUUCCUCAUUGACAACAACAACAAGUAUACGUUCUUCACUCCGGAUAAUAAGACGGGCGUAGUAUCCCUAGUAUCGCUACUAGUGCGAGAGAAGGCCGGGGCCGAAGGAAGAGGUCUUUACCUGAUCUGUAGCGGGCCUUCCUCACCAGAGAUGUUCGAACUUAGAGUACACCGGCCUAAAGACAUCCACGCCUGGAUUACCAACGUUAGGGCGGCAGUGCAAAACUGCCCAGCGGAAGCGGAAGAAUCGGAAGCGGGCGCGCACGCCAUCUCGGCAGAAGAACGACAGAGGCAGCUGGAGGCUAGACACGAGAAUAUCACGCUUAUUACUGAGGCAUUAAGGGCGAAGGAUCGAGAGCACGCAACGAUAUUAGAAGAGAAAAUGGCACUACACAUGAAAAUGGUCGGACAUACUGGCGGGUCCACACUUGAACUUACUAACCCAGGAGUGGCGGCAUACCCAGGCGGCCUAGUGUUCCCAGACUACGUGCGUCUAGCGGCGCCCACACUGGACACACAUGCGCUGUGGCAGGAGGUCUGCAAGGUUGUCAAGGACGCGCUAGAAUGCUCGAGCACGGCGUGGGGCGUCAGCGGCGGGCUCGGCCGAAGCACCAGCUCCGCCGGCGAGCGGCAUUCAGUCGCCUACGAGUCACCCGCUUUACCACGGCGAGCUGAUACCUUCGCCGGGUUUGACAAGACGAGGCAUCGAGGCGUAACCCUCCGCAUGUCAUCGGAAACGCCGGAAGACCAGCCGGAAACCAGUUCCAACCUGAAACCGGAACCGGAAGCGGACGGCCCGCGACUCAUGUCCGACCAACAUGGCGCGGACGCGGCGCUGAAACUGCAACACGCUGUAUAUACGCUGACCUGCAUUGUGUGGCAGCAUUUGACUACUAUACAUAGUCUAGAAGCCCAACUCUGCGCCUGGCGCUCCUGCGGCACAACCCCCGCCCCGCCCCGCCACGACCAACUAGAGGAGCUCCGCUACGCACAAGCACAGCUCACCGCCUCCCGCGCCGCCUGGGACGCGCAGCGGGCCGCGCUGCAGCAGGCCAGCGCCCACGAGCGCAGACAGCUAGAGAUCGCGCGGGCCGAGUUGGCGGAACAACAGAAAGACGUGGAACAACAAAGGGAGCGACUCUACCGACGGCUGGAGAGGCUGCAGCAACACGGUUCUCAAGAGGAGCUAGUGACGGUGGGCACUCUAUCACCGGAUUCUAGCAUCAGUGAUACCACCAAACGGAAAGAACCCAAGUGGCGAAGUAACCGCGGCUCCACGGGUUCUGAAUCCUCAGCCUCCGUCGCCCGAGCGCUGCCGCCGCCGCAGCUGUUGUCGGCACAGAACGAAACCAAGGCCACGCCACGAGUCAAUACCAUCUCUCAAAUAGUGAAGCAGCAGCUCCCACUGAAGCUAGCCAGCGGCAAGACUGCGGCCCCCGCGACCAACCCGCCCCCGUACCACCGUCUGCACGAGUCUCCUAGCGAUCUGAGUGGUGGUCUAGUGGUGUCCCACUCUCGCACGGGCAGCUCGCCCGCGCCGCUGCCGUCGCAGCAGCCGCCUCCUAACAACAAGGCCACCAGGACAAACACGUACCCAAAGCUGCCAGACAAAUUCCGAGUGCGUUCGCCCGAGCCCGCCCCGCCCGCGCCCUCCGAAGAAGAGGUCAUCUACUUCUGACAAACAACUAGGGACAAGCCGCAGACGAGGUCCUGAGACUGCCUGCUAGCCUAGUGUGCUGCCCUGGUACUUUCUGCACACAAGGACUGUCAACUAGACUAGAUUAUAUGCUGCCUCCUAGUGUUUUGUGCGAUCCUGGUACUUUCUGCACACAAGGACUAACAACUAGAUUGGAUAAUAUGCUGCCUCCUGGUGUUUUGUGCGACCCUGGUACUUUCUGCACACAAGGACUGUCAACUAGACUAGAUUAUAUGCUGCCUCCUGGUGUUUUGUGCGACCCUGGUACUUUGAGAAGAUUCGGAUUAUCAACUAGACUGGAUAAUAAAGGCUGCCUUCUGCUGUUUUGUGCGAUCCUGGUACUUUCAGCACGCUCGGACUAACUAGACUGGAUAAUUUGCUGCCUCCUGGUGUUUUAUGCGAUCCUGCUACUUUGAGGUCUUUCAGCAUCGUACUCAACGGACGCAUCGCACUCACUGCCUGGCAUUGCUGCCUCCUGGUUUAUUUUGCAACCUAGUAGACUUUUGGUGGACACACUCUGACUAUAACACUUACUCCAAUCUAACCUCGAUUAAAUAUUAAUCUUCCGAAAAGUUUUGAGAAGUCUAGUAUUUUGUAAGACAAAAUCGUAUUUUAUAGUUGGAAGGAGUAUCCAGUCAUAAGCAGCCAAAAAAUUCCGGUGUCUAGGGUGUCCUUGUACAUUGGAAGGUUACGUUCAUAGCUUAGUAUGCUGCCCUAUUACUUAAAAAGUCAUAAUAAGGCUGAUUUAGAAACAACCCAUCUAAGAGCUAACAAAACCAGAAAGGUAUAUCUCUUACUUACUAUUUUCUGGAUGUCGAGCUUUCAUUAUAGUCAGCUUAAAAAAGAGUUCGAUAAAGUUUUGUUCCGCAUCUAAGUAUUAACCUAUGUUCAAUAGCUUCAUUUGAAAAUAGUUCUUCGUUGCGAUAUCUAUGCCACUAAUUGUUCGCCAUUUUCAACACAGAUUUAACUAAAACAGUAUAAGAGCAACAUCGCUGAUACUAAGGGCGACUUGCACAAACAUAUUAAAUCUAGAUUUAGCGUUAAA